AUGGGGUGGGAAAAUCCAAUCAAAUUAAGUGCUUUGGUGAUUUUAGCAACAGUGAUUUAUGGGUCAAGAGCUGCUGAAGGUUUAGGAAAUGGAAGUAUGCCCAUAAAUGUAACUUUCUUAACAUUCUCAGAGCUGCCACAGAGGAAUGCGGGGGAGAGGAGAAACAGUUCUAGCAAUACUAGUACAGUUGAGGUCAGCAAGCAGAACGGGGGAGGUGGCGGUGGCGGUGGCUAUGGAUGGGGAUGGGGCAGCGGUGGUGGAGGAGGAGGAGGAGGAGGAGGAGGUGGAGGUGGUGGUGGUGGUGGAGGAUGGGGAUGGGGAGGAGGUGGAGGUGGGUGGUGGAAAUGGGGUUGUGGAGGACGGCCAAAAUUCGAGAGAGUAGGACGACGCGACGAUAACGGACGAAGAAAAAAUGUGAAGAGAAAGAAAAUGUACAACGAGAAAGAUUAUAGAAUGGGAGAAUUUGCACAAUGCAUGGUGAAAGGAAGGUGCAGAGGAAUGAGAUUAGAUUGUCCACUCCACUGCGGCGGACCUUGCUUCUAUGAUUGUCGAUACAUGUGUAAAGCUCACUGUACUCGACAUCCGUAAGUGCAACAACACGUAAAGUUCUAAAUAGUUACCUAAUUUGGUACUACUAUAGUUUAAGCAUGCUUAACUAACAAAAUUCUAUUGAGAUCCGGUGCAUUAAUACUAGCAUGAUUGCACCAUCGACGUCCUUAGUUUGCAUUGUCUACCACAACUUCUAUAAUAACCAUUCUUUAGACUCAGAACUCGUUUUAAUUUGACUGCUAAAGUGCUAAUUGAUCUUGACUAAAAUUGUUGGGUUCAGCAAAAUUAAGAAUUACUCUUUGAUUUGAUUUCAAUUGUUGAAACUCUUUAAUUUGUCUUGCUGUUUAACCUUAGUGUGUGGGUGAUGAAUUUGAUUUCAAAGUUUGUGUGGAAGUGCAAUGAUCAUUUUGCUUGGUUUGGCCAGAGAAAUGAUUUUCUCUCCUUUCUUAAGCUCAAGUUGAAUGUGCA